AUGGAUACUUCAUUGAAAAAGCCUGCCAAGAAUAACACGUACCGGAUUUUCGAAGAUUGGAUAUCAAAGCUAACAAUCUCCUCCUCCAAUCCCCUGAUCACAACUCCUCCUUUUCCAUCCUCCAUAAGUGCCAAUGGUUUUUUCGACUUGUCUUCAUUGGAUCUCGAAAAUUCUUCAGGUGCCAAAAGGUCGGUUAUGUCCUCAUUGUACAACUCUAGGAAAGAGACCUUCAUGUUGUACUCGCUCGUCUGGCCCUCUAAGAUAUCGAAAAUUUGCUUCACGGCCCUUGGGAUCACACCUGCAUCACUCGGGAAUUCACCAUUCUAA